GGAAUCCAAAAUUGUAUUUGCCAAUAGUGGCAAAUACGAUAUAUAACUCUCUUCUAUAGAGAAGAGAACGAAAACAAAGUUGAAUGGAACUGAAAUGGCAAUGGACACCGACAUUAUAAUGAAUAAAUUGAAAAGUUCUGACAUGUUUGAGGGGUUUAACAUUCGAUCCAUAUGGACCAGAGUUCGAAGCGAGAAUGUUUCCAGGGCAGACUCAAAAUGCAGCCAGGCGUCAGGAGGUGGCGAAGGUCAGGCACAGGUUCAGCCGCCAGUACCGCAAGAAGCAAAACCUGCUGAACUUAUUCAAGCUGAACAACCUGCAAGCGCAUCAGACAUGCCGUCUGAAGUAAUACCUGAAUCAAAAGCAGUCGAAAAUCCAUCACCGAAGGCAGAAGAGCCCAACAAUGAGAACAAGACUGAAGGGGAAAAUAAAGAGGUAACGGAUGGAAAUGUUGCUCCAGUACCAGUAGUAGUUGAGACAGCAAAUGCACCUGAAGUUAAACAAGAUGAUCUCGCUAAUGGAGACAAUUCGAAUGAUUGGCAACAGAGAGAAGCAGCCCUUCUCAUAAAAAUUCAAGAAUUAGAAAAAGUGAAAAAUGAAAAGAGUCAAGACACGUUAAGGAUGGAGUUGAAGGUGCGAGAGGAAGAAAUAGAUUUGCUAAAAGCCCGGGUUAAAAAUCUCGAGACAGAAUUACAAGCAGCACUUUCCAAGCCCGGUCCCAAGAAUCAUGAAAUGAUUGAAAAAAUUAAGCAACAGCACGAAGAGCUUCUCAGUAAAGCUCGCGGCAUGAUCUUCGAUAAGACAAAAAUGGUUAAGAACCAAGAGCUGCAGAUAGAAGCACUUACCACUCAGGUGCAGUCACUCAAGGACAUCAACAUGAUUACCAAGGACUUGCUGGAGAUCAGGAAUUCGGAAAUUAAGGCUAUGGAGGACCGGCUCCAGGCGAUGGAGGAGCGUUUCAAGACGGAGAAGGAGCGCUAUGGGCUGGUACUGCAGCGCGCGCAGACCAGCUCCAACAUCAACGACGAUCUCAAGAAGGAGUACGAGACGCAACUUAAAAUAUUCAAGGAACUUCGAUCAAAGUACGAGCAGAAGGUGGAGGCUCUAGUCGCAGAGAACAACAAAUUGAAAUUAGAUUUAGCCAAAUCGAAUGGAUGUGGGACGUCUACAGAAACACCUAAAUAACUAAACAAGGAUGAUUUCCGAAAAUAUAGUUUUAUACGUGUUCGAGAUUAUACUUUUUGUACCUAUUUAUGUGAAUUUUGAUAAAAUAAAUGAAGUACUUGUAAAAAAA